AUGUCUGGGAAACCCAAGCUGCACUACUUCGAUGGCCGAGGCCGAAUGGAAACAAUACGGUGGCUGAUAGCAGCAGCUGGUGUUGAGUUUGAAGAAUGCUUCCUGGAAAAAAAGGAUGACCUGAUAAAGUUGCAGAAGAGUGGAUCCCUGCUGUUUCAGCAAGUGCCAAUGGUGGAGAUCGAUGGGAUGAAGAUGGUGCAGACAAGAGCCAUUUGCAACUACAUAACAGCAAAACACAACCUCUAUGGGAAGGACCUGAAGGAGAGAGCCCUAAUCGAUAUGUAUGUGGAAGGAUUAAUGGAUCUGAACGAGCUACUCAUGACCUAUCCUUACCAACCAGCAGAAAAAAGGGAGCAACAUCUUGCUACUAUUGUGGACAAGGCCGCAAACAGAUACUUCCCAGUCUUUGAGAAGGCUUUGAAAGACCACGGACAAGACUUUCUCGUUGGCAACCGCUUUAGCAGGGCAGAUGUGCAAUUACUUGAAACCAUUUUAACAACAGAAGAGUGCAAGCCUGACAUACUUGACAAAUUUCCACUCUUGCAGAGUUUUAAAGCAAGAAUAAGUGAUAUCCCUACAAUAAAGAAAUUUCUGCAGCCUGGCAGCCAGAGGAAACCACCAACAAAAGAAGAAGAAGCACCUAAAAUAGUAAAAAUUUUCUACUGAGCAGCAGCCUAAACUCUCAGAAUCUCUAUUUCAAUGUCUUUGUGUUUGCUGAAAUUUACAAAGUGAAAUUAAUGAAAAAAGUGAAAAAGUUGUAGAUCU